CUGGGGCAUAGUCAGGACUGUUUCGAGGGCAAAUAUGAAUAUAUGGAAUAAUAUAUCUCUGUGCUUCUGGUUGAAAGGUAGGAAAAAAGCAUGGAAGUGCACCAGAGAAGAAAGUCUAAGCAACCUUCUUUUGUUGUGGGAGAUGGCAGUGAACAAACCUACCCACUACGAAGAGGUUUUUCCAGGAAGUGUAGGUUGCUGCACCCUGUAUCCCUUGAGCAGCGGGUGCUCACGCAACAGUUCUCAUGCUACUUGCAAGCAGUGCAUUUGAAGGAGCCCCAGCACCGCGCGUGGAGGAUGAACGAACCCUACAGCCCUGCAACGCCUCGACCCAUGAGCAGCUCCGUGCCCAGCACCAUGAAGAUGCUCAUGGGCUUCCUCGCUGCAUUUAUUGUAGCACAGACAAUCGGGACUGUGCUCUUCUGUUUGUAUCUUCACAUGAAGAUGGAUAAGAUGGAAGAGGUGUUGAACCUGAAUGAGGAUUACAUCUUCCUGAGGAAAGUACAGAAGUGUCAGACAGCAGAAGGCCAGAGAUCGACGUUAUUGGACUGUGAAAAGAUUCUAAAGGCCUUCCAGGACCUCCAGUGCAAGGACAGGGGAGCCAGCAAGGAGGAGCCCAAAUUUGAAAUGCAGAAAGGCCAUGAGCACGAGCAUCCCCAUUCGAUGCACAAGAACGAGACCCCUGUGGCAGUGGAGAAGAGGCAGCCGGUUGCAGUCCACCUGGCAGGUCGGAAUAUCAGCAAGAGAGUCUCAGUGCUAGAGUGGGAGACGACGAUGUAUGGCCCUACGAGCAAUGACUUGAUAACCUACCAGGAGGGGAAACUGAAGGUGAAGGAAGCAGGACUCUACUACAUCUAUUCCCAAGUCAGCUUCUGCUCCAAGAAAGCAACUUUGGCACCAUUCACCCUCUAUAUUUAUUUGCAUCUCCCCAUGGAAGAGGACCGGCUCUUGCUGAGGGGACUGGACACACACGUAACCUCCACGUCGACCUGCGAGCCCCAGUCCAUCCGGGAGGGAGGUGUCUUCAAGCUCCGGGAAGGUGACAUGGUCUUUGUCAACGUGACAGACUCAACACGAGUGAACUACCGCCAGGGCAUCACCUACUUCGGCAUCUUCAAGCUGUAGUGAGGAGGGGACCUCCCUGAGCUUUCCCUGUUUCCCCUAUUUAUGUCCCUCUGCCUCUUUGGUUUCCUUGUUUCUUAAUUUGUAUAUUUUGUUAUUUAUUAAUGAGGACCAAGGGGCCCUGAGAACACAAAUGGAACAAAGUCUGAAGCUGUUGUUGUUUGCACCUUGCCCUAGUCUUUCAUUGCCGUCUGGGUCCACCAUGCAAGGGUGGAUUGUCCCCGUUGUGUCACAAACCAAACUCCAUCAUCAACGUAUCUUUCCUAACAACGUAGGAUGGCCCAGGCCCCUCCAUCCUUCCUACCUAUCUCCUGUACCAAUCUGCUUGCGAAACAGCAGCGGAAAAAGAUGAAAAGGCUUAGGAAGGUCUCCUCUAAGGGAAUCAGUCAGCCGAGAGCUGGCCUUACGUGCUGGCUGGUGGUGAUGCAUCCUUGCCACCCUAACUGCCUGCUUUGUCUUGAGAAAGCCCUUUUUCCACUUGUGCCUGCCUAUGAAACUCAACCAGCCUUCUCAUGCAGGGUGACACAGCCUUGGCCGGGUACAUGAGGGACAACUGGUGGCUGAUUUCAAGCUAGAGCAUGAGUAAGGGACCAGCCGUGCUCUGCUCUCAUGACCUGAAUCCACUCACCAGCUUGUCCUCCUCCCACCCCUGCAGGUAGAAGGGAUCUUGGCCGCCAUCAUCAGAUUUGGACCUGCCUCCUCUCCUGCGACUCCACCUAUUCUAAGAGGAGGACCAAGAAAGCAGGGGGGUGGCAGGACCCUCUGUGUCUUCUCAAGCCCUCCAAGGUGCUUGUGCACUUCCAAGAGCAUCUUCUAUCUGUCCUCAGCGAGGACGUGCCCACAGCAGCACUUUACCUGGAGCUCUAGGAGAGCAGGACUGUGCACACAGGCAGGAGUCCCUCUUGGGCAGGGGUACACUGCACACUAGGGUCUCCCUGACCCUCUCCUCCAGCCUGGCCUGAAGGGAAGGGGAGCUGAGCAACAGCAGGGCACAAGGAUGUUGAUGUGGUAUUCUUCAAAGGCAUCUGAAGGUGGCAAGGGUGGCAAGCCUGGAGCAUUUGGUUGUGCAGGUCGCACUUGUCAGAGUGCAAAGGUUUGGGAAUACUGCUGGAAUCCAACCGGUGUGGAAGUGGAAGAGCUUUCAGAUGUGGCCAAUGCUUAGGAUUUGCUUGGCUGGAGGCUGCAGGUCUGGUCCUAACAUGGUGGUGGGAUGGUCCGCGCAGGCCAUUGCACUGCUGGUUGCCAGUUUCCAAGCAGGGUCUCUUACUGGGUGCCUUGGUACCAGCCUUACCUUGGCACUCCUUGCUUGGUGACAGCCCUUUCCCCUGGUUGGGGCAGGGUCCCCAUUGGCAGGGUCUUUUAGGAGGCCAAAUCCAUUGUGUGCACCCCUGCUUGGAGGCAAGGGAGACUACUUCCGCCCAGUUCAGUUUGGGUUGAGGGCACUCAUGCUAUGGAGCAGUACUGGAGUGGUCAAUGGGAGCAGCCCACCAUGAAUGGGCACCUCCAGGGCAUCCCCAGCUCCAGCAGUGCUUUGGGCUGUGCAGAUUAAGCUGUUGGGGGGUAUUUUCCUCUUUUUUCAUGUUGAUGGUAAUUUGGAGCCCAGCUCCAUUGCUUUGAGGAUGCUGUUGCUGCUUGUGUUGGAGUUGGGUCAUGUAAAGGGGCCAUUUGGGAGCUGGCAUAAGAGAGGGGACCAAAGGGACCCUGUAUACAUUAGGAGAACAGGAUGCUCUCUGGUUAAAGCCUGGAUCUGGCUUCGUGGACACAUGGGAGUGGAGAUGCUCCCUCCAAGAUGAGCCUGGGGGAUGCCUUCUCCUUAUUCUCAUGCCCAGCAUCACCUCUGGGGCAUAGGGGCUGGAGGUGCCUUGCUCUGCCUCUUCCUUGAAGUCCCCAAAGUACCACUUGGGUCUCCAUUGCAGACUCCAGUGGUUUCUGCACCAUGUGCCCAAGUGUUUUGUUUGCACUUGUUCUUUUUCCUGCUCCAAGUGCUGUGUUUGGGAAGGGAAAGCAAGAUCCAGCCCUUGAGCCUCCUGCUUCGGCUGAGAGCACGGCGCAUCUCUACCAAAGAGUUAAAAGGAGAGGAGGUCUUGUCCAAGCGGUAGACCAAAGGAAAUCCUGUCACCACACCUAAAUGCCAGGAAAAACACACACACCAACCAAAGAGAAUAAAAUCAAAUCGCAAACAGGCAGGAAGUCACUUAUCUACAGCAUCCUGCCGGUGCCGCGGGGAGUGGCUGCUUUUCCAUACAGCAUCCUUGGUAGCAGAGAGCAAGCAGGGCUUGAGGGAUGGAAACGCAUCUCCUUCCUCUGCUGCAGGGUGAUGGUGGGAGUAACAGAUCCAGGUGAGCAGCAUCAUUUGCACCAGUAUCCUCCCCAGUAGGUGACGCAGCCAUGGGUGCUUUGAGCGUAUCAGGGAUGCCCAGAGCAUUGUGGUGGAAACGAAGGAAGCAGCCCCGAGAGCCAAGAAGUGAUUUUUUGGUCCUUCUUUAUUUGUUGAAAAUGUCAAUUAAAAAACUGUUCAAAAUAAAAACAUGUUAGAAAAGUUGAACUUGCAUAAGUAGUUACAGUAAAUACACCUACAUGA